CCACAACCCGAGUCUCCGGGGACGGAGAGACGAACCCGCCGUUUUCACUGUCACUGGCAACCCAGGAGCAGAAAGACCGGCAACUACUUGGUCCCUGACAGACACAUCUCGAGCGCAGACAGUUUACCAGAGGGAACAGUGCACAUUUUUGCACCGCUCGCUCUUCGAAUUAUCUCAGGCGAGGGAGGAGGCAGAAAUCAUGGACGACGCCGGCCUGGUGAUCGCCGCCGCGUUGACAGGCGGAAUCUUCGUCGUGUUGCUCGUCCUGCUCGUCGUCGUCCUUGUCCGGAGGCGGUGGCUGGACCGCGAGGGCGUGGCGUCCGGCCGCGGCUUCGUCCUGUUCGGCGUCUGUUGCCAGGACGGCACCCAGGGCCGGUUCGUCCGGACGUCGUCCCUGGCCAGGAGCCGGCAACGGGCGGCGCGCGGCGGCGAGGAGGCGGAUGACGAGCCGGACGAGGGCGAGCUCGAGAGGUGGAAGAAGAUGUUCGGUGGGCCCACUAGGUGCCUGUCCACGAUAGAGGAGGCCACGGAGAAGGGCACGUCGACGGUGGCAACGCCGGCGUUCUGCUCGCCGGCCGCGUCGCCCGACCGAAGAGACGCCAGGGCUGUGCAGACGGCGUCUGCCGGCGUGCUCAAAAGUUGAGACUUGCUUAUCUUGCUCUUGUAAUUCGUGAUGUGCAGUAGUACUACACAAGGAAAUACUCCCUCCAUUUCUAAAUAUAAGUCUUUUAGAGAUUUCACUAUCGACUA